UUUGACAAAAAGUUUCCAAAAAUAAGCCGAAACCUAUAGCUAGUACACUAUGAUACGGGCAAAUAUGCGAUGAAUGUUGAUAAACAAAUUAUGUUUUCAAAGUUUGUGGAGGGAAACAGUGCUUGAAAAGGACUAUUUAUAUCAUGGACAGCAAUGUAGUUUCAGAUGUCAGUUUUGCGAAUAUUUCUCAUAAUCAAAUACCUGAUGUACCAGAAUAUCUUAUGAUUCCACCUUUGAUAGCGGCUAGUGUCACUACAACUGUUCCCAUGGCUUCAGAUUCUAAGGGAAUUACGACUAGUUCGUCCCAAGGGAAAUCAGAAAUAAAACAUCUACAGCAAGACCUUGGUAGCAUGCAGACUCAUGUUGUUAGAGAGGCUGAAAUUUUGCAAAAUCUACACGAUAAACUAUCAAUAAAAGGCCAUGAGAUGCGCAGAGUUAAGGCUGAAAUUGGACAACUUCAGACAGCAGAAAGUGCUUUGCAGCAACAUCCUUCAUACUCAAUGAUGUCAGGGUCAAAUGUGUCUUCAUCAAUAAAUGCAAGCCAUUCAAUGAGCUCCACUGGGUUACAGACCACAUAUUCCACAAGUAUAAAUCCUGUGGUGGAAGAAUUUAGAACAAGACUUCAAAUGACAAAUGAACUAUGUGCUAAGCAAGAUGCAUACUACAGAGACAUUAUCAAGGAACUAGAAGAAAGACUCAAAGAGACAGUACAGGGAAGAGAUCAUAUCUUGACUCUUAGAGACAAAGAAGCUGCUGACCAAGUCAGUUUAAUGAGACAACUUGAAAAUGCCUUGCGAGCACAACAGCAAUUAACAACUGCAAAAUCUGAGGAUUUAGCUAAUCUUGAAGAAAAGCAGAAGCAUUUACAAGACAGGCAUUCCUCUUUGCUGUCCGUCUUUGGUAAACUUUCAGAGGUUCUUGUCAAUCACGCAAGAAGAAGAGGAAAACACAGUUUGGUCRAAAAUCAAGAAGCUAAAGAAUUCGACAGUCACAUGGGUGAUGAUCUUCUUCAAACUUUACAAAAAUGUUUGUUCGAAGAAUCUUGUGAGAUAGAACAACUUUCUGCAAAACUUGAAAAAGGUUCAAAUGAUCUGAAAGAAUUGAAAAGUGAAAUGAAGCAAAAACUUGAAGAUACAAAAAGUGACUAUGUUACUAAGCUAGAGAAUUUGAAAAAGAACCACCAAGAAGCGUUGGAAUCUGUAAAAUCACAGUGUACAAAAGAAACUGAAAAACUUCGCAGUUCUGAACAACAACUGGACCUCACCAACAAAAAUCACUCGAUUGAAUUGUCGAGUUUAAUGGAGAAGGUUAACACCUUAAAGAAAGAACUGGACAAUGUUAAUAAGCAGAAAGAUGACAUUGUCAGCGAAUUCGAAAAGAAGAGUAGCGAAUUCGACUUCACCAACCAUGGCAGCGCCGUCGAACUAAAGCUGCUUCGCGAAGAAAAGGAGAAGCUUCUCUCGACCUUAUCACAAGAACAAGCUAACGUAAUUACAUUGAAAAAUACACUGGUAAACACUGAAGAGAACCUCAAAAUAGCUCAGCAAAGAAUAAACGUUUUGAGUGAAGAAAACAGUCAAAGUGAAUCGAACUUAAGGAAAGAAAUCGAGAAUUAUCGACUCGAAGCAGAAAAGUAUAAAUCAUUACUGAUCGAGAGAGAGCAGGGUUUGUGUUUCGAGAUGAAGAAGGAAGUACAGAAUGCAAUUCGUGACGAACAGUCUAAGGCAGACGGUAAAAUUGAUAUUGUACUUAUUGAACUGAAGAAAGUUAACAGCGAAGCUCUUACUCUCAAGGAUAAAUGCGAAUCAUURGAAACAGAACUGAAUGAGCUGAAAGUAGAACUCAAGGUUACAAAAGAAACUUUAGAAAAGACUGAAAAACACUUAACGAACGAAAAAGAUGAGAGGCUGAAAACAAUGAACAAGUUAGAAAAUGAAAUGAACGAAGGAAAUCGCUUGCGAAAACAAUUAGACGCAAAAGCACAGGAUUUAGAGGAGAGAAGUAAAGAAAUUCAAGAUGCGAACAUAAAUUUCGAAAAGUUGAAAACACAGCUUGAACAAAGGGAGAAAACUAUCGCAACUUUUAGGGAACAGGAUAACUACUUUGCAGAAAUCGUGCGACGGAAUUCGCAGGCUGGCGAUACAUUGCAAAGAGAAAAAGAAAGAUURGUGAAAAAGGAGCAAGAACGUAGUGCAGAGGUGCAAGAAAUGAAGAAACACUGUGAAAUAUUAGCUACAAAACUCAUAGCAAAGGAUAAAAGACUCAAAGAAAUAGAAGUUGAAAAUGAUCAAGCAAAGAAGUCUAUGGCAGCUAAAAGUGAGGAGUURGCAGCGUUAAGGGAUGAUAGAAAUCAGAUUGUGUCUGAACUGAACACGAGACAGCAAGAGGUUGGAAAACUAAAACAAGAGCGAGACUCACUGAAUGCUUUACUGGAAGGCAAAGACGGUGAACGUGAAAAAGAAAUUGCGAAGUUAUUGUCUAGACUGAAAGGUUCUGAGCAAGACUUAUGUCUUACAAAAAAACUGCUCAAGUCGAAAGGUGAUGUCAGUGGAAAAGCGGUACGCGUAGCAGAGACAAUGCAACACCAAGUUACCGAAAAGAGAGGUGAAAUGGACGCUUUGUUAAACAAAAUACAUUGGCUUCAAGAAAAUUUGAACACAGCUGUCAAGGACAAAAUGUACUUUGAGUCUAAGAGCAGUAGGGUGUCAGACGAACUCCAACAAGCAAUUCUUCUUAGAGAUACGUUCCAAUUCGAAUUGAAACAAAAAAUCGAGGAAUGCAAUGCCUAUCAAAAGCAAGUCAGUCAUUUAGAACAAGCUCUUGAGAAGGCCGCCCUAAAGUAUGCUAAUUCUCAAAGUAUCAUCGAAAAGCUUGAACAAGACUGUGCAAGACUUAAACUCAAGCACUCCUUGGAAUUAAAGGACUUUGAGAAGAAAUGUUCGACAAUAAAAGUGGAUUCACAAACCAUAGCCGAUAUUAUGGCUCGUAUCAGAGACAUGAAUACAAGGUUUCCAUCGGUAACCAAUAAAACUGGAUUAAACAAUACGUCGGCCAAUCAGAAGGCAUCUCUAAUACACCAACCAAUCACACUUCACAGCCUGAAAGGAUCUCCGCAAAGUAAAACGCUUCAGGACUCUAAACAAGAUGUAAAGAAUAAUGAGGUUCAACAAGAUAUCAAGUCUCUAUUGCUUGAUGUCCGCACCUUAAUAUCAACAUUUCAGACCACCCUGACCCCAGUUACUAAAACCGCUAAAUAUCUGGAUGUACAAAAGAUUCAUGACGUAGAGUCUAGCGAAAUCGCAUCGGAUGAUCAUUCACCGUGGCUCGAUAUCAAUGGACAAUCAAAUGAUAAGGAAUUUGACAUUUCACUGGAUAUUGAAGAUGGUURCUAUGGAAAUAUUAGAGCACCUUUACGAAGCUCCUCGCCAAACCCGGACCGGGAUGUAUCUAUGACGACGUCACGCGAUCCGUCUACGAGCAAUGAUUCACAUGUGAUGUCAUUGCUUUCUUUCUCGACCGCGCCAUCCUUGGAUGAUGGUAUUGCUUUAAUUAAACGAGAUAGUGCAUCUGACAUGAAGAAAAUGUCUUUGAAGCAUAGCAGUCAAAACAAGGAAAAUUUAACGAGAAAAUCUAAGAAAAGUAUAACAUCAAAAUCGCCUCCUUCCUAUGAAAAAGCAGAAAAAAUGCUGCGGUCGCUGGCGCAAACCGGUACCCGGUUAACGAAAAAAAAUAAUGAAAUUUCUCGCCUUCUGAAUGAACAAGAACGAAGAAUCCAACUGUGCCGAGAAAAUGAAUUUGAUCUUAACUCCUUACUACAUUGAUUAUUCACACAUCUCAUACACGGGAACGUUUUAUACUUUACUAUUUACCAUGGACUUGCUCUCUCGCUGACGACUCUCAAACGACGAAAUUUCCCGAACGAAGCUAACGAAGAUGGAGGCAGACAGUAAAGCUCUUGUUCUCAUCUUCACACUGAUAAUAUGUUAAGAUUCAUACUAUACAGUAUGUAUACGGCAAAAGAGACUUGCAGCAAGUAUAGGGUAUCCAUAAUAAGCUGUAUAGAUAGAGACAGUUCCACAUCUCAAUCAACAAUCCUUUUUGUAGUAACAGUAUUAUGGUCUAUUAUUACAUUCGCUUUAUUUGAAUGUGAUUGAUUAAACUUACUUUUUAAAUUGUU